UUCCAGGUCAGAGCUUCGACAAUGGCCGUGGCUUCGUCUAAUAGUAAUACCGAGUUUCGCGUCUCCGAGACUCACACACAGAGAAACGGGGCAUAACAAAUGGUGGGUACAACUGAAGAAGAUGAUUGCUCAUUUGUGUGGGACGAGAAAUCUCGGCUCUACUUCCAUGCCAGUAGUGGGUUUUACCAUGACCCAGUUGCCGGAUGGUACUAUAGUAGUAGAGAUGGUCUCUAUUACAAAUUUGAGAAUGGGAAUUAUGUGCUUAUGGAGUCUGACAAGAGUGAUGAAGGGGAAGUUAAUCAGAACAAGGAAAUUGGUAAUGAUAAUCCCGGUCACGAUGAUGAGCCAUUUGCAUUUGGGUGUUGUAGCAGCAAUGCGAGUGGCUCGGCUUUGCAGGGGGAUGAAGCCGAGGCUUACCAAUGUGUAGGAAAUGCUCCUGAUCAGCAAACGCUAGGCGACACAGAGUGCUCCAAUGGUCAUUCACCUGAAAAUCCACCUCCAUCGGAAUGGUUAGAAGAUACGCUUAUUGAUCUUUAUUUGUCUGGUUAUUCCAAGCCAGUAGUGACUGCCACUGAUGAUGUGAUCAUGCCCUUGGAAAUGAAUGAUGUGGAUAACUUCAAGUUGUCAGCUGAAGGGAAUAGCGAUACUUAUGAGCGGGAAGGAGAACGGCUUCUGGAGGACCAUUACGGUGUAACUAAUGCAGGUGGAAGUGUCUCCGAUGAUGGUGCUUCAUGGGAUGAAGAAAACUGGCGAGCACAGUACGGUCAAGUCAUUCAAUAUGGGGAAGAGCCAAUGCCAGAGUUCCCAGUUGUUGAUUUAUGGGACUGGACAUUGGUUACAGGGUCCAGAAAGGAUGGAAAAGGUGACGCAGUGAGGCUGGUUGGGAGAUUAGUGAGAAAGUCUGUUAAGCGUCAUCCAUCUAUGCCUUCUGGUGGUGGUCUUCUAAAAACUGCUCCAAUAUGUGAAGUGCAUCUUGAUCUGGUACGAGUCACAUCAGGUCAAGUGUACAAGUUGCGGACUCCUAAUGUGGGAUACUUAGCUUCAUUGUCAACUUAUGAUUCUUCCAACCCAACAAAAGAUUGGGGAUUCCCUGAAUUAUCAGUUGAUAGGCACUCUAUUCCUCUCUCCAUAUCCAGUGGAAGGCAUGUAUCAAAAACUGCAUCUGGAGUAUCCAUCAGCAAGGAUUUGCCUGUGUUGCCAGAUAAUCUUUCUGCAUCUGAAAAGAGUAGAAGCCAUGUGUAUAGGGACAGAGCUGCCGAGAGACGGACAUUACAUGGGGGUUUUGGAGUGGGUCCUGGACAAAAGAAUUCAGUAGUUGGCAAAAAUGAUCUGCCAUCAUCACCUGCUUCUGCCAGUAGAGGAGAAGCUGCAGCUGAGGCCUUGAAUAUGUCAUUUGGAGCUGGUAGUUACGCCAGAAAUCUUUUAGAAAGCAUGGGCUGGAAGGAGGGGGAGGGCCUCGGCAACACCACAAAGGGAUUGGUUGAACCAAUACAAGCAGUUGGAAACGUUGGUAAUGCUGGAUUGGGUUGGCCUCAGGGAAUAGCAAAGCACCACUGAGAUAUCAGGACAUAUCCAGCAAAUACGCACGCAUAACCUGUUGUUUCUCCCAAGAGUAGUGCGGUACUGGUCACUUUGUAUAGCCUAAGAGUGUUCACUUUUGUUUAUGUAAAUAGUUUUCCUCCAAAUUAGGUAGGUUGCAGUACAUCUGUUCAAAGUACAUGGGAUUUUCACGUGCAUUUUUAAUAAAGCAUGUGAUUCUCAAUUAUAGCAUUCAAAAGCCAAAAGGAACAGCCAAAUACAUUUUUACUUGCAUAACAAGAUUUAACGUUAGCCCUCGUAAACAUGUUCUUGAACAUUAGUGUUACUGUGUUAGCGUGAAGGCUUUGAUUGAGUUUAGAUUUUAAGGUGUAAUGUUUUGGAACAUGUUACUGCAAUGGACAAUUCUUAUAUGUGAAUCAUACAAAAAGAUCCGAGUUAAAGUGA